AUGAGGCAUCUAGAGGGGGGUUGGCCAAAGGAGGUUGACUCAACAGACCCGCAAGAGGUUGCGAAGUGGAAAAAAAGGGCAGAAAGGGACCCAGCUUUCUUGCAAAGCGUCAAGCAGCUAACCGCUGACUGCACUCGCGUACUUCAGCAGAACCUUGUAGUUGAUCUAUUCCAGGAUUACUUCAAGGGGAUGGAGAUUUCCAGAGGGAAUGAGCAACGCUUGUAUGCGAAGUCUAUAGCGCUCCUCAAGGACCACUCUGGGUGCUGUAAAAGGUCCGUAACGUGCAUUGCCUGGCAUCCUGAAGGCCCUCAGAAGUUAGCAGUGGGCUACGGCAUCAUGAAGUUUCAAGGCCAGCCAGAGUCCCUUCCUACCUGUGCAUUGCUGUGGGAUCCACGCCACCCCAACGAGCCGCUAACAGAACUAGGAUCGCCAAGUCCGGCGGUUUCUUUGGCAUUCAACGCAAAGAUUUCCGAUAUGCUUGUUGGAGGCUGCUACAGCGGGGUUGUCUGCUUAUGGGAUUUGCGCAAGGGCACGAAGCCAGUUGAAGUAUCGGGCUCGGGCAACAGCCACUAUGAUCCCGUAUACGAGGUCGUAUGGACACAAAGCAAGACAAACAGCGAGUUUGUAUCAGCUUCCACUGACGGGAGAGUCUUGUGGUGGGACUGCAGGAGCCUAAAAGAACCCGUUGAGGAAUGCCGGUUGACUCCACCUCCUCAGCAAAAUUCAAGCGCGGCUGCUGGAGUUUCCCAGGGAGCCAGUGGGGUGGACGAGACCGAAACAUCCGAACUUGUGGGGGCCAGGUCUCUAGCGUGGUCUUUAGAGGCAGGCCCAACGAAGUUUCUGCUCGGUACUGAACAGGGUACCCUGUUGAGCUUGAAAACAAGGCCCAAAAGGCCCCCAGAGAUAAGCCAGUGGUUUGGCUGCGACAGUGGGCAGCAUCACGGACCAGUGAGCGCCGUCAGAAGGAACCCCUUCCACAGCAAAUACUUCUUGUCGGUAGGUGACUGGACUGCCAAGCUAUGGAUGGAAGAAGUGCGCACCCCGCUUGUAGUAACUCCCCAUCACCCGGCGACUCUCACUGACGGCCAGUGGAGUCCCACACGUCCCGGGUUGUUUAUGGUUACACGGAGCGACGGCUUUCUGAGCUUUUGGGACUACUAUUACAAGCAGCACGAGGUUGCGUUCCAGCACAAGGUCGGAACUUGUCCGUUGACCCGUCUUUCCGUUCAAGCCCAAGGCGAACUUGUCGCGGUGGGAGACGCUGAAGGGCGAGUGACAGUGCUUGGCCUGUGUGAAGCGUUACAUGCAUGCGCCGCCAACGAAAAGUUAGUCGUUGGGUCAAUGUUUGAGCGCGAAGCAAGGCGCGAGAAAAAUAUUGAAAUAACGAAACGGCAAGCAGAAGGAAAGAGACAGGAUGAGAAGCCGCAAGUUCGUCCACAAAGCGCGGCAAUUCAGGAAGCAGUUGAAUCCGCCCGAGCAGCGUUUUUCAAGGAACUUCAGGAAGAACAAUCUCCACCAACAGCCUAG